CAGGCCGCACUUAAGUCAUCUCUUCCGCGGGCACAUUUAUCUUACGGAUACUUAUUCGGUUUCGUCUGGGUUGAAUAAUAUGUACAUUCAAAAACGGUUUGGGAACGUGUCUAUAGCCAUAAUAAUUAUGAUCUUGACCAGCUAGUGAUUAGUAUCACUAACUUUUCAACAAAUCUAGUAUGCCCCUUUAGCCUACAAGUAACGGGUAUAAAAUGAAAAUCUUCGAUUGAGAUCUCAAUAUAAAGAGCUAUUAAAUACGAUAUCAUUAACUUGUUCAUAUGCCAUAAAAUUUAUAUGGAUAAUAACGCGAUUUCCUGAAAAAAGCGUUUAAAUAUUAGAAGUUUCAGUUCGCAAACGAAACAAAGAUGUGGAGGAUCAAUGUGAUUUUAACCUGCUUGGUGGCAGUAAGCGUAAUUAAUAUAAUAACCAAUCACAUUCCCAAUUUUCUUCAUUUAAGCUAUCUACAGCUCACUUGAGCUUUACGAAUCUGAAGUGCGAAAUGAUCGACCGUACGUUUGGAAACUUUGAAAUGUGCCGCAUCAAGGCGGUAAAUCGAACACAUAAAUAUAUACAUAUUGAUUUGAAGUUGGAUAUACUUCCCAUCAAUAAUAUAAUGAUUAAAUUAGAAUCGAAGCGGUAUAACAAUGGAUACCGACCAUUUUUUAUGUCGUUGACUUUCGAUUUUUGUAAGUACAUGAAGAAUCCAAACCAGCGAUCGAUGAUUUUUUUAAAAGAAAUUCACGCAACCUUCAUCAAUGCGUCAAACUUAAAUCAUACCUGCCCUUACAAUAAUGGUAUAUUGAUUAACAAGUUUUGGACUGGUAACCUGGAAAGGGCAUUCUUGCGAUAUCUUCCUGUACCCAACGGAGACUAUGCCAUUUUUUCGACAUGGUAUUCAUCGAAUGUUCCUCGUCUGUUGGUCAACACUUUCUUUCAAAUAAAAAACUGAUAAAAGAAUAAGCAAUUGGUUGAACAUAAAACAUUGAAAACAAAGUAUCACAAACGUUCUAAAAUGAUUUGUAACCACAAAAUAAAUGUUGGGCAAACAUUUUAUGUUAGUUUCUAUAUGUAGUGCAUACACACAGAUAAGACAUCAAUACCUAUUGGAUUAAUUAUAUUUCCUAUUGUUAAUGCGCCUGCUCAUUAUAUUUAAAAUAACAUUUGUUUCAAGCAUUCAGUGAAACAUUAUAUGUAGUUAGCUUAUAAUUGAACUGUGACGGAGUGUAUGGUAAAAUGAUUUUAUUGAUUCUUUCGACAAGUUAUAUAUGAUAUGCACAAACGAAUACAACGAAUAAAAUAA